AUGGCGUACUGCGGAGUUGACGAUGAAGAAGUGCCCGAUGACAGCGCACUGCGCAAACUCAUCAUUGAAGAUAGACAUGUGACAUAUCGCGAGAUUGAGGCGCCCUUGAAGAUCUCAAUUCAAAAAAUUUUGCAUGAAGAAUUAGGACAGAAAGGAGCCAGGGUUAAUUGGUGUCAAAGAACUCUUGACCUUUUCAAUUCCGUAAACUCAAAAAAUGUGUACAGCAUUUCGGCUGUUUGGGUGUUCCAAGGUGAAGAAAAUCCAACAAAAGUUCCUGCGGAUUGGUUCAUCACCGAGCUUCGAAAAAUCAACCCCUUAGGAAGAAUCAUCCUCCACCAAGACAAUGCAAGCUCGCACACAGCCCAAAAAACAAGGCAGUAUUUAACGGAAGAAAACAUGCAAUUAUUGGACCAUCCUCUAUAUAGUCCCGAUCUAAGUCCUAAUGAUUUCUUUACUUUCCCUGAAAUUAAAAACAGACUGCGUGGUCAAAGGUUCCAGUCACCAGAAGAAGCAGUUGACGCAUUGAAAAAUGCCGUUUUGGAUCUGCCAACAUACGAGUGGAAUGAGUGCUUCGAAAAUUGGUUCGAGCGCAUGCAGAUGUGUAUUAAUCUUCGUGGAGAACACUUCGAACAACAAUAAAGUCAUUUAAAGCUACCCACCGUGUUGUUUUAUUUCCAUGUGCAAAACUUAAAAGAUAUCCAAUGAUGGCUUCACGCGAUUUUGACAU